UAUUUCACAGCCAUAAUUCAGUGAAUGAACAGCCUCUGGGCGGUCCGUGGGCAUGCCGCCUCAGACUGUUAACACUAUACAUGGAAAAAUAUGCUGUAAAAUGUGCAAAUAUGUGAGUUUGACGUAUGUUAGGGCCGAUAUGAUAUCCUGCAGGUUUACCGGACCUUGAAAUAAUAGAUAGGGCCAUAAGUUUCUCAAGUGUGUGUACACAGCUCUGCACUGUGUAAAGUUGUCGGCUUUUAUGGCUGAUAAAGAUGGUUGUGUUUUGGCGUGGUGUAUUUAUGUGACCUAUUUUAUGAACAGUACUGAUAUAGAUUGCUUAUAUGCUCACUCUCGCUCUCCGUUCCUUUAGACCCACAGCCAACAAUCGUGCUAAUGAGCGUGUGCAUGUUUGUGUGCAUUUGACUGAGAGCCAACUCGCGUGUAAAAUGUAGGGGGUCAGAGUGUGUUUACACACGUUUUCCUCUAAUUCAGCCAAGAGACGGUCAAAGGAACAGCAGGAGCAAAGAUUCAGACUAUUAUUAAACCGCUUAAAAGAUCAGCAGAAACUCACAAUAAAGAAUAAAUGCCAGAGAUGGCCUCUCAGUACAUCUAAAAAUCUUUUUUUGUUUUUGUGUGUGUGUGUGGAAGCGUGAACAUGAGUUUAUCUGUCUCAGAGAUGUAUCAGAGAGAGUGAGAAUACGUGGGUGAGUGUUUUGUAUGCAUGUCUGAAUACUCGCUUUUAUUAGUGUCUGCAAGACCACUGUGGACUAAGUAGGAAGAGCACUUUAUGGCUACAGGGUGCAUUUCACUGGCAGUAUAUACGCUAGAUAUGCUGAGCACUCUACACCGCCUCCUCUCUUCAAGUCUGCUUUUAAUCUAGGCUCUGACACUGGCCGAUGACUCACUCUGGACCCAGGUAAAAUAUGGUCAUGGCAGGGCCAUCUCAAUUCUGUGAUUAGACAGACCUCUCAAGCACAUUGCAGAGUUGAAUAGCUUCCUCCUUAAGGGGCCACUUCAAUUUGUUUGCUCCAAAUGAAAAAGCCAAAAGGAAUACUCCAUGGCAGAAUCUGUGACAAGAAUACAAGCUGCCUUAUCUGUGGGAUCUUCUCAGGCACAUAAAAAUAAGUACCAUGUUUUUUUUUUGUUUUUGUUUUUUGACGUUUGCAAUGGUAACAUCAUGGUAUUCGGAAGUGUUAGUGACUUAAGUGUGCAAUAUAAAACAUUAAGAUGGACGUGUACAUAUUAUUCAUUUUGUAUGUCCUAUAGUGUACUAAUUUCUCUCUCUCUCUCUUUUUCUGUUUCAUUUUUCACAUACACAUACCAAACCCAAGGACAGGUGGUUCAUAUGACUUUUUGAAGUCAUAUUCAUGGCUUUGUGUGACAGACCAAAAUGUAACUUAAAGGGUUAUUCAACCAAAAAUGAAAAUUCUGUCAUCAUCCUUUACUAACCAUAAUGUCGUCCAAACCCAUAAAAUAUUUGUUAUUUUUAAUAUUCUCUUAUUUGACCAUAGAUUGACGUGUAGAUAAUCUAAAUUUCCAAGCUGCAUCUAUCAUGUACUUUUUGUUUUUUUAAAUGUUGAUUGCUAAACUUUAAGUGGCUGGACAAAAAUGAUGAGAGAAUAUGAAAAUAUCUUAAUUCGUCCAAAGAUGAUUGGGUUUAGAAUGGCAUGAGGGUGAGUAAAUGAUGACAACUCAUUUUCGGGUGAAUUAUUUUUUUUAAUUGUUGAAAAUCUUUCCUUCCUGUGAGCUUUUAACUGUUGCAACUCAAUCAUUGUGUCUGUAAGUUGAAGCCGAUAACCAUUUGUAAAUGAUUCAAUACCAUUUUUGAGAACCAAAACAUCUGACACAAAUGAAUGUUUCAUUCAAGUACUUGACAUUGCUACUUAUCUCUAGAACUCUCAUGAACAUGCCAAAGAGAACUAGGUCAGAUGUCAUAAAUUUCAAGAAAACUUAAAUUUCAGUCAGCUCCCACACAAAACUAUCAUAUGGCUUCAAAAGAACUGAAAUAUAACACGAGUCAUAGAAACCACUCUUAUGUGUUUUUAUUGGGCUUUUUUCAGAUUGGAGCCCAAGGCUUUAUUAAAUUUAAUUUCACUUAAAAGAUUGGCUUGACUAUUCUUUAAAAAAUACAUUUUUCUGGUUACACGGGAAGUCAAAUGGCUUUGGAACGACUGAAUGAGAGUGAGUAAAUGAUGCUAGAAUUUUCAUGUUUAAGUGAGCUAUUUCUUUAAGCCCAGAAUGAUUCUUGUUAAGCUCCGAAUGCAAAUGUAGCAUGUACCUCAACAGUUGAGCAGCUGCACUGGCUGAGGCACAAGUGUUGUGAGAAGAUAAGUUGCGGUGGAGAUCUGGUGUAGCAUUGUUAAUGGUUAACCUCCACCCAGUUCUAAUGAUUACAUUGCUCGUGGUGGGAUCCCCCCACAAUUCUGACAUAUUCCUGGGGCCACAGGGAGAGAGGAAGGAACGUUAACUUUAGCAAUAAAAACCCCCAAAAAACAACUUUUUCAGACCAGAGUGUUAUUAGGAAGUUAUUGAGGGAGAAAAGGUUAUUGAAGGGGAGAGAGAGUGUAAGGGCAAAAAAAAUUACAUGAGAGGAAGAGGGUGAGAAAGUAAGAGACCUCCUCAACACGGGUCAUUUCAUCGGAGGCAGCGGUCGUCGUCAGUUCAAUUCUCAGAUGGUCUGUGUCAAAAGGAGGGCAUGGGGAGUUACUCCAGCAGUGGACUGAACAUUCAAAAGAGUUGAAGUUCAAAGAAAGGAAGGGAGGGUUGCAUGUUUUUGGUAGCUGGGAGGAGAGCAGCAUUCACAGCACAUGCGAGGUUGCCAGUGUUUACAACAGAUUCCACCCAUGAUACUGCAAAAACAGAAAUAAUGGACAAGAAAAGUGCAAAUGGCUUUCCUUCCAAGGCCACAGAUAGUGGAGUACAGCGUAAACAGCUGCCAUAUUCUGUGGAGACCCCUUAUGGGUUUCACCUGGAUCUGGACUUCCUGAAGUAUGUAGAUGACAUAGAGAAAGGGAACACAAUCAAGAGGGUGCACAUCCAACGCAAGAACAGGGGCCCAAAGUACAGCACACUGCCACGCAACUUCAGCCUUCCUGGGCAUGGCGCUCGACCUCUAGCCAAAGACACAUGGGCCAACACUUCCACUUUAGGGUCCAAACCCAAGUCACGUGUUACUGAAGUCCAGCAGCUUUUUGAGUUCCGAGCCAGUGAUGCCACUAGUGGUAGCAGUAGCACCAGUGGAAGCUCCCCUGCCAGCCAGUCAAAGAUGCCUUGGAGUGCUUACCUCCCCUCGCCAAAGGCUGCAGAAGAGUCUCAAGUACAGACCUCAUCUGAGAACGAACAGCCCAUGGGCCUUAAUGUUAGGCCUCACCUUUUAAGAGCCUCCAGCAUGCCUAUUAAUGUCCCACGUAGGAAAGGUUCAGAUUCAACUGACGAGCAGAGUUCCCAAUCGCAGAGCGGCUCAGCUGAGAGGCUUUUUCGACCAGCGGAUGGAGGUGACAGGAGAGGCAGUGUUCCCCAGGACAGGGCCAGCUUGCAUCAACAGAUCACAGCUGCGCUGAAAAGGGUGCGAGAGUUAGAAGAGCAAGUCAGGACCAUCCCUGAGUUGAAGGCUCAAAUAUGCUCUCUUAGAACUGAGAGGGAAGAACUGCUUCAAAGAAUUCAGGAACACAAAUCUGAGCAAAAGAGUGAGGUUCCUCAAACUGAUGCGCAAGACAGUGCUGUUCCUCCAGCUGUAAGAAAGAAAGAUGUUCCUUCCAUUUACACAGAUACUGCAGCUGAUCCUGGAAUUGUUCAAGCAGUACAGUCCAACAAAACCACAGAACAACAGGAACAAGAUCUUGUGGUGCAGGUUAUUGUAGAGCAGGUGUUUGAAAAAGUAACUGAUACAGAGUCAGAGAAGGAACAAUUGCCAGCUUCAGUGUCUGUCCCAGUAAUACUCAUAGACAAAGCAGAAACUCCAACUGAUCCAGAUGAAGCAGAGGGACUUUUUCAGGAGUCUACACUUCAAGAAGAAGCAUCAAAGAGUCUUUCAGAGCAAGCAGAAAAGCAGGAUAGAUCAUCAGAGACGUUGUUAGAAGAUAAACAGUCAACGCAGUCACAAGGGAUUUCAGAAUCAGAGGAAUCCGUUGUUGCAUAUGAAUGUACAUCCACUGAAGAAGACACUGCGACUGUUGCGGGACCGAGUGUAAUUACAACUGAAGAAAUUACAAUAGCCCAACCUGCUGAACAGAAACUUCUUACUAACCUGGAGCUGGAAGCAAAACUGAAAACUUUGGAAGAGAGUCUAAGCAAGGCCAGUUGUGAAUUGGAAAAGACAAAUGCCUUACUGAGAGAGCAGAUGGACGAGAAUCGACGAAAGGAUGAGAGAAUACAGGAACUGAUUGAUCAAGUGAAGGAGCAGAAAGUUCAAAGUCCUAUCGAGACAGAGCCACUAUCUGAACCAGUUGUCACAUGUGAUGCAUCAGUCAGUACAGACAGAAAAAGUGUCAUGGAGAAAGGAAUCUCAACAGAACCUCAACCAGCUGAGGGUCCCAAAGAAACAGACUCUAAAUGCUCGAGCACUCAGACGAAUAUAGUAGAAGCUCGAGACAUUGAAGUAUUAGCACAAGUCACUACAGCAGAGAAAAUUGUAGGGGUAGAGAUUGUCAUGUGUGACCAGGCAAUGGAGACUGAAGUCCAGGAUAAUCUAGAAGUUAACAGUGGUCAACAGGUCUCUGAAAUGCAAGAGAAGACAGAUUCUGUCAAAGAACAAGAGGGUGAUAUCAAAGAUAGUGUGUCAAGUCAGAUUAUAGAUACCAAAGUCAGUGAAAUCGUUGUUGCAGAGAGUGACACUGAAGAAUAUGUCAUGGUAGAAAGUGCCAUGGUUGAGAGUAGCAGUGAAACUGAAUUUCCUAAGCCCACAGUCCAAGAGAUUGAAUCUAAGGAGAGUCCGGUUGUUGAAAGCACAGUAACAGACAAAGCAAGAGAAGAAAGAACUUCAGGUUUGCAAACACAGCAGGAACCAAGAGAAACACAAGGACAGGAACCCCAACUUCAGUCUCAAAGGGCAUCUGAAGCCACAGCUUCUCCUGCUGCAAUCGGUCAGGUUGUUAAUCGUAUACAAGGCCUUCUUAAUGAGCAGUGGGCCAGCCUGGGAAGUGGAGGCCAAGAUGCAAAAGGAGAGAGCUCUCAGAAACCUCAUUCUUCCAAAAUAAGCUCAAUUCAAAGCCACCUGAGAGGGUCCCUCAGUGCCCUGUCUGCCUUUUACUCACCUGUUCAGAAAGGAGGGGCUGCACGACAAUCAGGCCUCAAAUCCAUCAUGAAGAAGAACGAUUGUCCUGACAAACAGGGCAACGGGGGAGCUAAGAAGAACUUGAAGUUUGUUGGCGUAAAUGGAGGCUAUGAGACCACCUCCAGUGAGGACUCCAGUGGGGAGGAGGAUCAGGAUGAAGUUGAGGAGGUGGAUAGCUCGGAGCCUGAGGUGGAGCAGGGAGAGGAGAGUGGAACGGCCCAGGAGGAGGCUGCUGCUGCUGGGGAGCAAGGUGAUGGGGUUCAAGCAGAGGUGGCAGAGGGCUCUAAGGAGCCUGAUGCUGCUCAGGCCGCCAUGAGUCCCCAGGAGGAGCAGCCUGUCAGUGAGUUAGUUGAUAAGAACUUCAUGGCUGCUUGUCAUUUCCUGAAGGAUCGCAUGGCUGAGGUUGCUUCCCCAAAUAAAGACAUGAGGCAGGUUCUGAUGGUGUUAUAUCAGGAGUGGUUCCGUGUGUCCAGUCAGAAGGACUCUCAGGCAGAGACGGUCACGCUGUACCUGAGGGAGGUGGGCUACCACACACCCACUCUGCUGCGCUACAUAGUAAACCUGGCUGAUGGUAAUGGAAACAUGGCACUGCACUACAGUGUGUCCCAUUCCAACUUCUCUGUGGUCAAGCUGUUACUAGACACAGGACUGUGUGAGGUGGAUCACCAGAACAAGGCCGGCUACACUGCUAUAAUGUUGGCAGCUCUUACUGCGGCAGACAGUCCUGAGGACAUGGAGGUGGCUCAGCAACUAUUGAGAAUGGGCAAAAUCAAUGCUCGAGCCAGCCAGUCAGGGCAGACAGCACUGAUGCUUGCCGUUAGUCAUGGUCGGACGAUGAUGGUCCAGGUUCUUCUGGACUGCGGUGCUGAUUUGAACAUACAGGACCAGGAUGGAUCCACUGCUCUGAUGUGUGCCUGUGAGCACGGUCACUCUGAGAUAGCCAAAAUACUGCUGGACAGACCAGAGUGUGACAUAUCACUCACAGAUAAGGAUGGACACACAGCUCUGUCGGUGGCCAUGAAGGCUUCCCACUCUGACAUUGUUGAACUUCUGAAAACUCGCGCUGAUCCAGCCACGGUCACAGAUCCUACAGCUCCGCUCUGAGGUCAAAGGCCUUGUCUUCAUGUCCAACUGGUUCUGCCAGAUUCAUCUUUCUACUGCCUCGACCUGACUCGCUGACCAGGCCAGCAGUCAACAAUAGAGAGACAGCACUUGCCAGUAAUUCGCAGAUUCUCUGUUUGAGAAAUGGCCAAUGAGAAAUGUACUUCUGUACGCCAUUCAAAGAUGCCAUGGAGGGUGGGCUUCCCUAAACUUCCCAGAAGGUCCCCAUUUGCCCUGAAGCACAGCUACUGUAGCUAUUUAGCAGGCAUGGUACAUUGUUACAUGUUUUGGCCUUCUAUUUUCAGGUAAUGUGACUAUAUUUUUGUUAGGCGAUCAAGCGUAAUCUACGAAUGUUAUUAAAGAAGUGAUCAGAUACUCACUAUAUUUAUUUUUUAUUGCACUUUUCUGUACUAUUUCCCCCGUGAUGUAUCCAAGGCCUGUCUUAUAGCCUGAUGUGUCUUCCUAUAUGAGGGUUUUUGGGUCAGGCCCAGUACCGAACCAUUCCUUGCCUUUGCAGGUGGAACAGGGAAAGGAGUUUUACAGUCACACAGUUGUCUUGCCAGUAUGUCUCCCAUCUUUAAUCCCAACAAAAAGCCAAGCACUGAAAAAGGAAAAAGAAAAAGAGAAAAAAAACUUGAAUGCUGAUUUACAGUAGAAGCUUGUUUUAAUGAUUUUAAAGUAGUUCAACCAAAAAUGAAAAUUUGCUGAAAAUUUACUCACCUUCAGGCCAUCCAAGAUGUAGAUCAGUUUGUUUCUACAUUGUAACAGAUUUGCAGAAAUUUAGCAUUACAUCACUUGCUCACCUCACCUGCAGUGAAUGGGUGCCGUCAGAAUGAGAGUCCAAACAGCUGAUAAAAGCAUCACUAUAAUGCACAAGUAAUCCACAUGACUCCAGUCAAUCAAUUAACUGUUGGGCAAAGAUGCGUGUUUGUAAUAAACAAAUCCAUCAUUAAUUUUUAACUUCAAACUACUGAAAACAUUACUGAAUCAAGAGAGAAAUAUGCACAUUUUUUACAAGCAACAACAGUGCAAAACAGUCCUAAACCAAUAUUUUGGUGGAUUUUGAUGUGAGGGGACAACAUGCAAUUAACUUUUUCUACUUGAGGAAGCAUUGUUGUGGAUUAUGGACUUGUAUUUUGGCCAGAAGCAAUGUUAAAGUUAAAAUGCCUUGAUGGAUUUGUUUCAUGCAGCUUUUCGCUUCUCGGGACGUUAAUUGAUGGACUGAAGUCAUGCAGAUCAGUUGUGGAUUAUUGAUGUUUUUAUCAGCUGUUUUAACUCUCAUUCUGAUGGCACCCAUUCACUGCAGAAAAUCCUUUGGUGAGUAAGUAUGUAAUGCAAAAUU